AUGACCUCCAGAGGCACCGACAAUUUGAGAGGCUAUCUUCGUGAGGCUAGGCUGCCUCCCAUGACAAACGACAUUGCUGCACCGAAAAUGCCACCUCCCGGCCACAAAAGCCAUUUGAACCAUCUUAGUGCGCGGCCAGAGCCAUGGCGGAGACUGGAAAGCAUAUACCCGUUCAAGGAGUUUUCGAUGCAAGACGCUGUUGUGCGUUGGGUGGACACACACGUGCCUGAACAGUCUUUGGGAGUAGAAGACCUCGACGCUGCUACCGGUGAAAGGCUCACCAUCCCGUGUCCACCCAUCUACAACAUUCCCCUCCGCGACGAACGACGGCCAACAAACAUCCAACGACUCUCUCCAUGGAUCGACAACCUGCCGCUCAUGACUGCACAACGAAUCAUCCACUUGCUCUACCCACAAACGCUUGGCUGGGCCUUCGACUUGAAAGAUUCAGACGAAGUUGACUCGCGCAUCUUCCAAUACUUUAUGUGGACGUGCAUGAGAGACGAUAUGGCUGUCGGUGAGCAUGAAAUUGGCCGUAGAUCAGUUGUCGUGGCGUUCCAGCCACCAUGGAUCCUCUCCAGCGCGGAUAUUCUCGAGUUCACCAAAUGCCGUUCUUUUCCGCCAUAUAUUGGGGCGGGCCACGCAUUUCCCAGCGAACUGAGCAGCAAAGAGCGAAUAUGGGCCAAGUUGUGGGACACUUGUGUCACCAACCACACUCCGUGGUUCGUAUUGACCUCUUACAAUCAAUGGGUUUUCGGUGUCUUCUCUUCGGCCUGGACGGCCGCCUUCGUCAGCGAAGUGUGCGAAUUUGAUUCGUUCAGUCCGACAGUAAUCGAAUGGCUGACUUUCUGGGUCGCUUCUGCGAUGCGCUUAAAAGGCUGGCGACACGCUCCCAAGGUGCCAGAACCAGUCACGCUGGGGCCAGUCUUUAUACCUCCAAACUACGACGCUGACUUGGAGACUCCAGCCAAUUCGGAGUCCAAUUGGAACGGCAAAAGCCAAGAUGCCGAAUCGUCGGCUCGCGCGCGUUCUAUGUCACCCAUCUUUUCUGACAAUGGUUUACCUGGCGCUGAAGGACGGCCGUUGGCACAAAUGGUCCAAGAGUGGAUGCAAAAUCGGGUCGACUCCAAUUACGCGCCACGUGUUGCCUCCAGACCACCUUCCCCAGCACCCCCACAAUCGUUCCACCAAAGCAUGGAGUAUCACGGUGAUUGGCUUGUCUAA